AUGGCUGUUUCGGUACGCAACAGGCAGCGUGUUGGCUACAGCUCGGGUACAAAGCGUUCAGCUCAUGGUCAGGAGCAGGCAGAAGUGUUCACUGAAACCUGCCUGGAUGCAGUCCUGUCCAACCCACUCCAGAGUCCCUUAAGUUUUGGCUCCAGUGUCCAAGAUAAGAAUAAUGGUAAAUUUCCUAUUUGGCCAGAAUGGAAUGAAGCAGAUAUCAAUGCAGAAAAAUGGGAGGCUGGAAAAGCUGGAAAAGAGAAAGAAAAAACUGGAAAAAGUCCUAUUUCACAUGUCUUUGAGGAUCCUGAAGGGAAAAUAGAAUUGCCACCGUCCUUAAAAGUACAUUCAUGGAAACGUCCACAUGAGUUUUUAACAAGUAAGAUUCCUGUCGUUGUCAAAAAUGAAACUUCAUUUGACCUUUUUUCAGCGAAUGAGCAUAUAUUUUGUAGUGAGCUGAUGAGAUGGAUUAUAAGUGAAAUUUAUGCAGUCUGGAGGGUAUAUAAUGAAAAGGCCUUAAGUAAUGGAACAUCCACACUUUUUUGGAAACCAUGGGAACACAUUUAUGCCUUAUGUAAAGCUACUAGGGGACACAUGCCACUGUACAAUAGCUAUGGAAAAUAUGUAGUGAAACUUUAUUGGAUGGGAUGUUGGAGAAAGAUCACUGUGGAUGACACUAUGCCUUUCAAUGAAGAGGAUAAUUUGUUACUACCAGCUACAACCUGUGAAAUUGAACUUUGGCCGAUGUUGCUGUCCAAAGCUAUUAUUAAGCUGGCAAAUACUAGUAUACGGGAAACUGGAAAAAGAGAGUUGGAGGAAUUUACAGUUCUACAUACACUGACCGGAUGGAUACCAGAAGUUAUUCCUCUUCAGCCUGGAUACUUGGACAAAGUUUGGAGCUUUUUGAAGGAGAUUGUGCCAGAAUUCAAGUUGCCAAAUAAGAAAACUCCAGAACUUGGUAUUCAUCAGUCAGAUACAAAACCUAAAGAGACCAAAGUCUCAGAGUUAAAAAAUGAAAUUUUAUCUGUGAACAAGCAGUCAGAUAAACCUGAGAAAGCAGAUAAAAUUGGCAAAGAAAAAGUAGAGCAGAGAGAAAUUGGAAAGAAGAAAAACAGAGAAGGAGAAAAAGAAAAAAACAGGUUAGCACGUCAGUCUUCACAGAUGUUGGCAGAAGCCCAGCGUUCUCUUCAGGCCUUAACUGAAAAGUCUUCUGUGCCAACCCAGCCAGAAAUGGCCGUGUAUGCUGGCUGUAUACCACUACAUUUGUUUGAAGAGGAUAUUUUUUCAUUAGGGCAGAUGGCUGAUUCUUCAGAGAAGCUGAGGCAAUAUGGGCUUUCCCACAUAUACAGCCAUCCUGUCCUGAUUACUAGAACUAGGUCCUGUCCUCUGGUAGCACCGCCACAGCCACCACCAAUUCCUCGUUGGAAGCUUUUCCGUCAGAAAAAGGAAACUGUUGUGACAUCUGAACCUCAAGAGACUGUGGUAAAGAAACCUGAAGAACAUGUUGAGAUUGCUAGCCUGUUUUUUAAUUACAAAUUGAAUCUUAUCCCAAUACCCACAGACAUCCACUUUCCACAGUCUACCAUCAAAAAAGGAUUUAAUUCCCUAUCCCGUCUCCCUUCUGUUACUGAAAGUGAUGAAAAUGUAAACGACAGUAACGUGGAUAUGAAUCAAAGUGGAAGACACUCAAAUGCAGAAGAUUAUUCUCAGUGCAUUGAUCCUGUGUGUCGUCUUAUCUCUGCAGAAGAAUUACAUGAGAAUAUCAGUUUUGAUGCAAAACGAAUGUCAGAAACAGCUGAUACUGGUAUGAACAGCCAAACAGGGGAUAAAUCAAAGGAAGAAAUCAAGUCAGAAAGGACUUCUGUUUCCAGGGAAACCUGGAUUAGCUUUGAAGACUUCUGUGUUUGUUUCCAGAACCUGUAUGUUUUCCACAAGCCACACACAUAUGCCUAUAACUAUCAGAAGACAGAUUUUAAGUUUACUGAUGAUCGAGUCUUCUAUUACUUACUUGUGGACAGUCUGAUGCCCAUUGAAAUCCUGGUUAGCUUUUCUGCAUUAGUGCGCUGGGAUGAUACUGGAGGUGAUAAACAAGAAUGUUCUAGUAUUUCAAAGGGUGUGCUGAUGGUUGAACAUUUCUCUUGGAAAUGUGUGAGUCCUGGAGAACUUCUAUUAAAGAUGCAUACAUCCGCAACCAAAGCUACUCUGUUAAAUCUUCCUGUUGGGCGACACAUAUUGCUCUUCACAGUAAGUUCUCCCAUAGGGCACCAUAUUCACCUGUGUAGCAUGGUGCCAUGUGUCUUUGGAGAAGAGGAUACUGUGAUGCCAGGUCUUGAAAAGGAGAGCUACCGGUUUAUAGGACAGGCUACAGCUAUCCUGAAAGCUGUUGGAAAUGUGAUAAAUAAUUUCAGCAGUAAACCUGAACUUUCUAAAGCCUUGAAGGAGUUGGAACUAACGCACUGUCCUCCUGGCCUCCAUGGUACUGGAACGGCUGAAGAACAUUUCAAGGUUUUCAAUAGUGCGUUUUGGUAUUUGAUCAAAUAUGCAUUAGGCAAGAAGGCUUCUUACAGCUGUAAAUUUGCCUUCAGGUCCUUCACUUUGGAUUUUAAAGACAUUGAGAUUUCUGAGGAUGACACUGUGUCUUCAGAGAAUUGUGAGAAUUCCCUUAGUAGCUGGCAGAACCGAUCUCCCACUUCUGAAGAAGCAGCAGCAGCUCUUAAACUUCAAGCCAUCUGGAGAGGGACCUAUGUUAGGAAAGUACUGAACAGCAGAAAACCGGGUACUAAAGAAAACAGUAGCGUCAAAGAAACCUUGCAAAAAUUGUGGAGUGCAAUUGAAUUAAAUUUUGAACAGUGUGCUGUAAUGCUGUUAAGAGAAAUGUUUAAAAGAAACUGUAAGUCAAUUGAAAAGUUUCCUUGCUAUGAAGAUGAAUGGUGUAAGAUGUCUUUCGCUGACUAUGCUGUGACAUAUGCUGAUCAGCCACCAAAUGUGUGGUUUGUGGUUUUUAGAGAAAUAUUUCUUGUUCCAGAAGACAUGCUUAUAGUGCCAAAGGUGUAUACCACUAUCCCUUCCUGUAGACUUCACGUCAUUGAUAAUGACACACUGGAGGAAAUGCCACAUGUCUUUUUCAAAGUGACACCUCAUGUUUAUGUGAAAAAUAAGAAAGGAUACACAUUUAUGGCUGAAGCACGUACUGGUGACCUACCUGUGGCAAGUGGAAGAUGGAGGCUCCGGCUCAUUGGUUCUCAUAGUCCACUCCCAUUUCUCUCUCGUGAGGCUGUAAAUAAUGUGUAUUCUACUAAAGAAAUUAAAGAGUAUUACAUACCCAAUGACAAGCACAUAAUGUUCAGGUAUUCAGUAAAAGUCACAGCAUCACAUAUUGCUACAGUUCAGGCACAAACCUCUAAAUCAGAUGUGUUCAUUAAACUACAAGUCCUAGAUAAUGAGGAAGAAAUUGUGAGUGUCACUGGAAAGGGCCAUGCAGUCAUCCCUGUUUUUAAUUUCUUGAGUAAUGAAACACUUUCGAGUUCCCACUCAAGCAAAACCCAGAUUAUUCAAAGUAGUACAAAGAAGGAAUCAGAAACUGGAGGAUCAAAAAAAAGGGGUCAAGUUUCAUCUUCAAAGGACACCAAAACUUCUUUCAAGCCAGGACUUGUACAGGAAGGACCACCUAUAUUAGAAGAUGAAUCUAUCCUCUUGGAAAACUUUCAAAACAAAGACGGAAGUCCACAACAAGCUCACAAGUAUGUCAUACAAGCAUUGGUGCUGUAUAAUAGUUGGCCACUUACAGAGAGCCAGUCUCUGUUUGUUCAGGCACUGAAAGAAAUGGAGAAAAAUGAAAUCAAAGUGCAUGGGGAAAAGCAUGAAGAGCACAGCUUUCCCCUAAUGCUUAAUUAUUUUGAAGGACAAAAGUCUGCAAGUAUUCCUAAACCAACUAAAAAAUCAAAAGAUAAAGCAUCUGAGAAGACAGAAAAAGAUAAGUCCAAUAAAGAAAGAGGAUCACUUGUAUCUCUUGCAUCUCGUCCUGAGUCUCAGCAAGCUGCUUCAAACAAACCGUACUGGACUUUACGUCUAGUUAGCGAACAGAGAGAGGCUGACAUCCUGGAGGUGAAGAAAGACACCCAGCGAGCAGAUGAGAUCAAAGCCAUGAAACAAGCAUGGGAGUCUGCAGAGCCAGGACGAGCUAUCAAGGCUUUUCAGGAACGUAUGCGGUUUAUUAAUAAGUAUGCUGUGAGAGACUCAGAGGAGCCCACAGCUGGGACUGAGACUUCCAGUGUAACACCCAGUUCAGGAGAAAGAGGUAAGGAUUCUCUUACCACAGGAAAGAAAGCAUCACAAACAGCUAUUGACUCAAGCUUACAAACGCAGCAAAAAAAGUGGGAGCCUAUAGACCUUAGUCCUUACAUGAGAAAAACAAUGUCUGAGUCUGUGCUAAGAAAUGAGUCUGUCAUUCAACAGCAAGAGAUGCAUAAAGCGGAAAAAAUCAACCAUUUUAGGGAACUUCGCGAGCUGACUUUGGAACAAAGAGAAAAAGAACAAAAUGCCAGAGCUUUAUUGAAGCACAAUAUACUUGAAAUGUAUGAGAAUCUGCAGGCAUCCUUAGAUGAAGCACGAGGCAGAGUUCACAGCAUUCGGGAAGCAUACAGAAGUAAGCUGCUAGAGGCUGAGCGCAGAAAACAAGAAGAGCUGGCAGCUCGUGAAGCAGCCCUGCAAGCAGAGCAAGAGAAGAAAAGCCCAAAUGCACACCAAAAAAAACACGGAAAAGGUUUAGGGAAAAAAAAAUAA